AACUGGCUCUUCUUCUUCUUCUUCUUCCUCCUCUGGCUGCUGAGCCGGUUGAGAAUAGUCUCGGCAUGGCACUUGAAUCUGAAUUCCGCAGAGUCCACUAUUGUUCGCGUAGAUGUUCGGAUCGUUCAACGUGUCGAGCUGAGGACUCUCGGGAAUUCUACCCGAAAGCCUGUUGUUGCUCAAGUCCAAGUGUUCAGCUCCUGAAGCUUGGAGAAUGACUCUGGUAUUCCUCCUGAGAGAUUGUUGUGAGACAGAUCUAAGAUCUCUAAGCUCUCGAGAUCUCCAAAACUUGGUGGGAUCGAUCCCGAGACGUCGUUGUGUGACAGGUUAAGUAGCUUUAAGCUCUUCAGACCGCCUAAGGAAGGUGGGAUCUGUCCGGAUAAUCGGUUGCUGGAUAGGUCUAAGAAAGAGUAGAGCUCAAGUUUUCUGCUGGAGAGCCCUUGUUUCGAUUUCUUCCAGUUCACCACCAGAUCGUGGAUUUCUAUGAUGAAGCUGAACACUUCGGUUAGCGUUGAAGGGCUUGUGGGUGUGUCUGUCAUGCCUGCGAGUUUCCAAGAACUGGAGGGAUCGGUCCAUCAAGACUGUUCUCAGAAAGAUCCAAGAUCCUUA